AUGAUACUGUUAUGGAUUGACAAUGGACCAUUAAAAGUUAGAAUUCCUAGUUCAAAAACUAAAAUAUUAUMAACUUCCCUUUUAUUACUUGCGCCAUGUUUGACAUCUGAAUUUUCUCGAAAACCAAGAGGCAUAAAUGAAAUUCAUAGAUGGAAGGCUACAGAACUCAGACAAUUUUUAUUGUAUACAGGGCCAAUAGUUCUGAAAACAAUUUUAAAUGAAGAUUGCUAUAAGCAUUUCAUGUCUUUUAAUAUUGCAAUGYUAAUACUACUGAGUCCAGACAAAGGGGAUUUUAUUGAGUAUGCAGAACAACUUUUGAAUCAUUUUGUGCAAUACUUUGGAACCAUUUAUGAACCAUACUUAAUAUCGUACAAUGUACACGGGCUUUUACAUUUAGUAGACGAUUACAAAAAUUUUGGCCYAUAA